AAGUCAUCAUAAUAUUUAAAACCAAGAGAAAUCAAAUAUUGAUUCUCAUAAACCCUGGAAACCAAACCAUUCCAAACAAACUUCAUAUCUCCCCUGUUUUCCUUUUCAUUUCCUCUGUUCUUCUUCUUCUUCAUAUCGUUGACCAAAACCGAGUCUUUGACUUCCAAUUUUCGUUCAUUUUGCUGUUUGAUCAACAAACAAAGUAUGCUAAACGUGUUGCCAGAUUGGUUGAAGAUCAUCUAUGUUGUUUUUGCCUUCUGUUCUGCUCUGUUCUUCGGUGCUUUCAAAAGUUUGUUGGUGGGUCCGAUUGCUGCUUUGAUUCUUAUUGUAGGAAAUGUUGUAGUGAUUUUAGCUCUGUUUCCUACACAUGUUGCAUGGACUGUAUACACCCUUCUCAAGACUCAUAGAUUUGAUGCACCGUUGAAAGUGGCAUUCUUGUUUGGUGUGCCUGCUCUGUUUGGGCUUUGGUUGAGUCUAAGCAUAGGAGGUAGUGUUCUUGUGGGUGUUGGCUAUGGCUUUUUUGCUCCAUUGAUUUCAUCUUUUGAAGCUUUUAGACAAGAAGAUGAAUCUCACAAGUUCUUUCAUUCCAUUGUGGAUGGAACAUGGGGAACAAUUAAAGGAAGUUGCACUGUGGUUAGAGAUUUUGCUGACAUUUGUUAUCAUUCUUACCCGCUCUACUUGAAGGAGCUUCGCGAAACCCCUGCUUCUAACGAGCUUCGAACUCUUAGGUUAAUUCAUGUGCCAGCAUGCAUAAUUGUGGGAUUACUGGGACUAAUAGUUGAUGUUCCUCUGUACACUGCGAUUGCGAUAAUAAAGAGUCCGUACAUGUUGUUUAAAGGGUGGCAAAGACUCAUACAUGACCUGAUUAGUCGCGAAGGCCCGUUUCUUGAAACCGCAUGCAUACCCAUUGCUGGUUUGACCAUUCUUGUCUGGCCCAUUGUUGUUAUUGGGAGUGUUAUUAUGGCUAUUGUUUCAAGCAUUUUCAUUGGUUUGUAUGGAUCGGCUAUUGUAUAUCAGGAAAGAUCCUUCAAGAGGGGCGUUGCUUAUGUAAUCGCCAUGGUUGCUGAGUUUGAUGAGUAUACCAACGACUGGCUGUAUCUUAGAGAGGGUUCAAUAUUCCCCAAGCCAAAAUAUAGAAAGAAAAGAGUUUCACAUUCACCGGACGUUUCGGUUGGCGGUAGUCGGUCAUCUGAAGGCAAACAUAGCGGUCAUCAUCAUCCGAUGCAGGCUCCUGGUGUAAUGCUGAUGCCCACACUUUCAUCAUCAAGAUCAGUUAGGGAGGUCAUAAGGGAAGUUAAAAUGGUGCAGGUUUGGGAAAACUUGAUGCAAUCUUCGGAAAGUGUGGGGAAGGAACUACUUGAUGCAAAUGUGAUAACUCCUGGCGAACUUUAUGAUUGGUUAAACGCCAAAAAGGGAAAUGAGUCAGCCAUCAUCGGUAUCGGGUUACCUUGUUACUCGUUCUUCCAAAAUCUUCUUCGCUCGAUCAAAGUUGGUUCCGAGGGUCUAGUGCUUCUUGAUGGGCUUGAAAUAACCCAUUUAAAUCGACCCCAAGACAGAUUGUUAGACUGGUUUUUUCAUCCGAUCAUGGUUAUCAAAGAACAAAUUAGAGUGAUCCAGCUGAGCGAAGGCGAGAUAAGGUACUUAGAGAAAGUAAUUCUGUUUGGGAGUGAUUCGCAACGUAUGAAAUCUUGGGAUAAUGGUAGUUAUGAACCUGAAGACACUCUUAGAUUAGCUCAGAUUCAGGGGAUCAGCAGAAGGUUGAUAGGGCUAACGCGUGGUGCAUCGAAGCUGCCAACUUAUAGAAGAAAGUAUCGACAAGUGAUCAAGAAGUUGAUCCUCUAUUGUAUGGAUAAGGACGGGACAACACGGUCAAUGUCUAUGAGAUCAGUAGCAAGUGUGUAGGAAAAAGUUGAAAAUUUUGAUGUCAUCCAAGUGUUUGUUCAUAUUCUUUUUUUGGUUCUAUUGUUGAUUAUUAUAUACUGGUUUUGGUUUGUACAAAAGUUGGGGCUCAUUUGAAUAUAAGAAUCACCCUUUAACAACCAUCUAUUAUAUUAUUAUUUUGAAA